UCAAACAGUCGUUCACGUCGAGAACUGCUCUUACCUCUCUUAAUUUCUCUUCCAAAUUAGUUAAUCGAACUUCAUCACUCGGGUGAAUCCGCCUCCGAGUUUCGUGGAUUGAAGAUUUAGUGUUUGCCCAACUGAGCAAUUCAAGGCAAUCAAAUCAGCUAAAUCCCAUGGAUUCGCUUUCUUCGGUCUCUCCGUCCAUGGUCUUACCCUCCAGUAACCUAUUUCAUCGCCAAACCCGGAGAAUUCAUCUGUUUUCCCGUAAUCCUUGUAAUCGUAUUCCGAGGCUCACUUCAGUAUUGGCUAAACCACAUAGAAGGCGUUUGAAAGGCGUAUCUUGCAAUCUGGGUGGUGGAGAAGGUGUUAAAGGAGAAGAUGACGAUGGCAGCGAAGAGGUCGAGAGGGCCCUUCAUAUGGACGGGACCAUUCCUGGGACUUCCGACGAGUUUCUGAGGCGGGUUUCGUCGCGUGCUUAUGAUAUGCGAAGACAUCUCCAAGAAAGUUUUGAUAGCAGCAGCUAUGACGUUUUAGAAGCCAACCCAUGGAGAGAAACUUCUAAGCCUGUCUACGUACUCACCCAAAGGGAAAAUCAAUUGUGCACGAUGAAAACCCGGAGAAAUAGGAGUGAAGUUGAAAGGGAGCUUGGGUUAUUGUUUUCCAAAGGAGCUAACUGGAGAUCUGGGAUUGGGAAUCAGUCCAAGUCCAAACAGCCAAGGGAUGGGACAAAAUUUACAAUGCUUGUGGAAGAUAUUAGAGAAGGAGUGCUGGUUUUUGAAGAUGAAAACGAAGCAGUAAGGUAUUGUGACUUGUUAGAGGGAGGAGGUCAAGGUUGUGAAGGCGUGGCUGAGAUAGAUGCCUCAUCGAUAUUUGAUCUCUGCCAGAAAAUGAGGGCACUCGCCGUUCUGUUCCGGCGAGGGAGGACCCCUCCUCUGCCGGAAAGUUUGAAGCUCAACCUGAGAGCUCGAAAACGGUCCCUUGAAGAUCAAGAUGACAUGAUUUGAAACCCAAAGUUCGAUGUGGUAGAAACAGCCUCUAGAUGCUCAGGCCCCAGAGAAGUACAGAUCUAUGAAAAGAAGUUAUUGAAUUGAUAACUAGAUCCUACUUUCUGGAAUAUUUUAAAUUUAAAUCAUCAACAUAAUUGAAAGCGUAUACCAUGUGCAUUGUUUCUCAUUUUCAAAGUGCGGCCUUUGAAUGGAAAUUUGUCGUCAUCUUGUGAAAGGUGGACUGAUAGAUUAAAAAAAUUCAGAUGAAUCUCCAUAAAUGUGAAACAAUUGAUUUGAGGUACUAAAA